AUGUCUGCCUCGAAUGAAAUAUAUGAUAUCGUAGUGACAGGCCAUGAUGAUGAAAUUAAAUUUAUCAAAAGAUUAGUUGACUCUUUACGUCAAGCCAACUUUACAGUAUGGUAUCCUGAGAAAUCUUACUAUUCUGAUAGAGUGAGUCAAGCUAUCUUAGGAUGUAAGGUAUAUGUACCAGUACUUAGUGAACUAUGGGCAGAAGAUAAAUUGUUUAAUGAUGAGUUAGCUUUAGCUUACAUAUCAAACUCAGCCAUAUUUCCUGUUGGUCUCAAAUCUUUCCCAGAGAUUUCUAAUAAAUUAGAUGGAGGAUCGAAACUGAUCCUAGCUAGAAUCAACUGGACUAUUCUUGAGAAUAUAUCAGAAUAUGAAAAGUGUGCCAACAACCUUAUAAAGAGUAUCAGGCAGCAACUGGAAUCCAUCAAUGCCCGGGAAAUAUCGGAAGACAUUGGCAUAUCAGGGUACAUAGAAACACAUGGUUUAGUCAUCAAUACUCAAUUUUCCCACAAUUCAAAUGAAGACAACGAAGAUGAACCUGAAGACCUUGGUAACACAACACCAACAAAAUCAAAAGAAAAAUCUCCACCCAAAACUCCAAAAGCUCUUGAUUUCUGGGACCGACAUUUCAAAAAUAGAUCAGAAGUUCAAUGGACAGAAUUUAAAGAUAAAUUUCACCAAGAUUAUGACAAUAAAAUUCUGGAAUUAUUUCAUGAAAAGGAGCAGAAGUUGUUUAAGAAUUUGAUGUACCGAGAUAUAUUUAAUCUGAAUAAAACCAUCCAGCGUGGCGUGUACGACCGAUUCUGUAACAAAAAUCCACAAGCUGAUCCUCACUGUUUUUAUAACAGAUUACAGGAAUAUGUUAUAGCUCACAUGUCAUUACGUAAAGUCUUCAAUAUGAACAGUACACUUAGAAUUACUACUAUUCAGAAUUUAGGCCAGUUUUCAUUCCCUGCUAUAGUACAAGGUCUAACAGAGAUGUUAAAAGAUGAUGAUCCUAAUAUAAGAGCUGUGGCAGCCAUUGCUUUAGCUAAAUCAGGUAAAAAUCGAAGUGAUACUGUUGAUAAGUUAGUGGGGUUAUUAGAAGAUGAAGAUAGAUUGGUUAGAGAAAGUUCUCUCCUAUCAUUAGGAUAUCUUAAGGCUGUGAAAGCUGUAGACCAUGUUGUUAAUAGGUGGCGUAAUGAUCCAAUAUCUACAGUACGUGAAGCAGCCUCCCUCGCUUUAAAGCGGAUGAAUAUAGAAGAGGCUCAGAAGUGUAUCAAAGUAACUGAAGUUCUAUCUCAAGAAAUGUCUGCCCUUAAACCACAGUAAACCUUAUUUUCUUAUUACUCCUUUUUUAUGACAUUUAUGUGGUAUGAUAUAUAAAAUCAAGUUCUUUUUCCAAAAUAUGAAAUACGAAGAAUUAGCGAUGUUGACACUCUGAAAGGGAGUUGAUGAAACCAGUGGCGUAUUCUCGAAACGAUUUUAGUGCUAGGAUGUCCUAGGUUCUUAUCUUCUUACAUUGAUUCUAGGACAUCGCUAGGAUCGUUUCGAGAAUACGUGGCUAGGAAGGGUGAGUUUGCCCUGAUUCGCUGGCCACACCUACCACAGUGCUAAUUAUUAACGAAUCUUUAAUGGACUGAAGAGUUUAAAGAUAUCCACAUCAUGUGAAUUGACAGUGAAGUUUAUAAGAAUAUCGAAUAUGAUUUAUUAAGCCCUUAAAAUAACUAUUUUCAUUUUUAAUUGCUCAUGUCCUUUAAAAUGUCAGCAAUCUAUUUUAAAAACAUUUUGAGUUAAUAGGAUAUAGCUCUAUAAUUAUACAGAUAGGUCAAAUUGAGCUUCAGCUUAUAAAUCAUUACUAUUUGCUUUGGAAAUAACCUUUUUUGUUCCUUUGUUUUCAUGGCAAAUUGUCCUGUUGUCUAAUUUUGAAUAAUGACUUUAUAAAUGAAUCAAACUGCAAAUAGUAACCAUUGUCAACAAAAACUUGAUAUUUUGUAGAAAAUGUUUAUCUAAAUUGUUAAGACGAUUUUUGUCAGAAAUAACAUGUCACAUUUUAGAUGAUUUAGGAAAUGGCCUAAUAAAAUGCUAGUGGUAUUAUGGUGUAUUGAGACAAAUUUCAAUGAAAGCACUGGCCUAGGUCAUAGAGCAAUAGAUAAGUUUGAUGUUUAUUUUACCAUAGAAUUAUUUUGUUUUGUUAAAGAUUACGUAUUUUCAAAGAUUAUCUGUAUUUUUAUAGAUCUAUCUGUAUUUUGAUAAAGUUUCUAUAUUUUGAUAAACCUUUCUGUAUUAUUAUACAGUUAUGUUAUAGAUAUACUACUAUAUUACCUUAGAUUCCUCUGUUUUUUGACAGAUCUAUAUUGGUAUAGAUUAUCAAUAUUCCUAUAUUCCUAUACAUCUAUCUGUAUUGUGUAUCCUUAUAGUUGUAUCUGUAGUGUAUCCCAUUACAGUUCUAUCUGUAGUGUAUCCCAUUACAGUUCUAUCUGUAGUGUAUCCCUUGACAGUAAAUUCAAUAUCUCAAAAUUAUGAUAUCUCAUAAAAUAUAACAUUAACUUAUCAUUAUAUAGUUUCCAUUUUCUUAAUUUGUUAUCUAUCAGUAUUGUACAUCCUUAUACAUCUAUCUCUAUUGUGUAUCCUUAUACCUCUAUGUGUAUUUUGUAUCCAGAUAGAUGACAGCUACUUUUGUUAGCUAAAUCACCAACAGCCUGAUAAUUUGGUCUAGGGGCUGUGAAGGGCAUUUUAGCUCUAAAGGGUCAAAACUUUUUGCGUAAGCUUAAACUGCUGAAGUUUUAAAUAAAUAAAUAAAUAAAUAUAUGUAUUGUAAUUUUAUAUUUUUAAAGCUUAAUUUAUUAAUACUAACUUGAUAUGUUGUGUAUAUGCGACUAAAACAUAACAUUUGCCUCUAUUCCACAGUUAUUGUGACAGUUGUCAGCUGGUGUAGAGACAGAAAAACUAGACACUGUUUUAUGGGGAUUUUCUGCAGCACAGCAGGUGCAGGGUUUUUAAACCUAAUUAUUUAAAUCUGAUCAGCCAAAUCCAGAUAUUUUGGAAAAAUUGUUAUUUUUUUAGUUUAGUCAUUCCAUCACUAUCUCUCUUUACCAUUUAUGUCACGUUAUUUUUUGUAUCAAAAUCAGGUAUAGAGGCAGAUUUGAACUUUUAUGUCAUAUGUGUCCUUUUGUUAACAUUUAGCAAUAAUUUUUUGGGUUCAAAAACAAAAACAGUGGCAUGUUGGUGUAUUUUUCAUUAUUGCUCAAUUUGUUAUGAACAUUCAAAGAUUUGUUAUUAUUCUGGUCUAUAUUAUUGUGAUAUUAUUUAAUCUUUAGAAUUUGUUUGGCAUUUGUAUAAUAGAUUUAGUACUUAAUUAAAAUGUUUUUCUUUCCU